CCACAGACACAUGCUAUGUUCUUUCGUUCUCUGUCAUCAUGCUCAACACCAGCCUGCACAACCCUAAUGUCAGAGACAAGCCCUCAGUGGAAAGGUUCAUAUCCAUGAAUCGGGGCAUCAACGAGGGAGGAGAUCUGCCUGAGGAGCUGCUCAGAAAUUUAUAUGAAAGCAUUAAGAAUGAGCCUUUCAAAAUUCCUGAAGACGAUGGGAACGAUCUAACUCACACAUUCUUUAAUCCAGACAGAGAGGGAUGGCUGCUAAAACUAGGGGGGAGAGUGAAGACCUGGAAGAGGAGGUGGUUCAUUUUGACAGAUAACUGUCUGUAUUACUUUGAAUAUACAACAGUAAGUAGAACUGCUCGAUAUGUCCUGGCAAGCAUUAGCAGGGAUCCUUUCUAUGACAUGCUGGCUACUAGGAAACGGCGAGUGGCCACUAAAAAGUGA